AUGGGGUUUCUAUCUGAUCAUCAACAUACACUCAUUACUGAUAUAAUCGAUAGGGUUGUGUCAAUUGAAACUGUAACGUUGGAAGUUGAAUUAGAAAGGUUAGUUCAGUUGAUAAGAUCUGAAUCAGAGUAUGAGUCGACUAAUAAUCAAUUGGAAGCUGCCAGGGCAAUGAGGAAGCAGUUGAAAUAUGGGAAUCAGGUCCAACAAAGUCGUGCGCUUGACUUAUUAAAUUUAUUUGUAUCACAGUUGAUUAGGUUUUCGGUUAUUUACAAUGACGUUAAGCUAUUGCAGCGACUCCAAGGUAUUGCCAUGGAGACAGAGACUGAUUCACGGGGUCGUUCAUACCACAAAAAGGUUGUUAAGCAAGCUGUUGGUUACCUCCUAGCAUGGACCAGUUUCAUCAGGACUCAAGCUCCGGACUCUAGAUCUUAUGAUGGGUUAUUACGAUUAGGGGAUAUGGUUAAGCGUAAUUACGUCAAAAAAACGGAGAGAAGUCGUCAACGCCAUUCAUAUACUAUAGAGAGUGGAGGCAAGUCUACGAAAAAAGGUGCCUUUAUAGAAGACUGCGCCGAUACUACGACCAAUUUAGAUGAUGAACUGUACCAUAUUCCUCAUAUUAAUAUUGCAAAUGAAGCUUCAAAUAUCAAGCUAUUAAUCAGUGAUGCAUUGGCUACCGCUAUAUCAUUAAAAAAUUCUCUUCUAGAGUUACCAAAGGGUAAAAAAUCUAUAGAUGAUGCACAUGCAACGGCUAAAUUUACCGAAGCAAGAGAACUCCGGAAACGAGUGCUAAGGUAUUUACAGCUCAUCACUGAAGGAGAGCUAUUGGGUCCAUUAAUCCAUGCAAACGAGGAAUUGGUAAAUGCGCUCUCCAGAUAUGACGAAUUGGCCGACGAUAACCAUGAUGAUCGUUUGGAUAAUGAUUCACUAAGUAGUGAUGAUUUAUCUGAACGAGAAUCCAAUUCGACUGAUAACCCCUUUGGAGAUCAAAACAAGAUAUAA